GCCGAGUCGUUAAGGCGAGUGAUUUGAAUUCUCAACAUCACUUGGGCAUUGCCCGCGUAGGUUCAAAUCCUGCUGUCAGCGAAUCUUUUUUGGCUUUUUUGUAUUUUCUAUGGCUAGACGGUCUGGCAUGACCAGAGGUAUGUCUAACCAUUGUCACUCAUUCGCACGAUGAUCGAAACGAUAUACAUCGCUAGGCAUGGUUUUCGAUCAAACUGGGUUGACCCCAUCUGCGGAUCUCCUACGGGCCUUCCAAGAGAUUAUCCCUUGGCGGCGUACGGAGAGACUCAAGCACAGGAACUCGCUGCAUACUUUCAAGCCCUCCCUGUGUCAAACCGACCAACCGCGAUAUUCUCUUCCCCAUACUAUCGCUGCCUUCAAACGGCGUUACCUAUGGCUUCGGCCCUAAAUCUGCCGAUUUACACUGAGCAUGGCAUCGCUGAAUGGUACUCUCCUGUUGUACCUGGGACAGGUUUACACCCCCGUCCAAAGAUUGCCUCUGAACUGAAAGCCUACUUCACUGAGAUUGAUCCGUCGUGGUCUUCCGUUUGGUAUCCCUCUCGCAAGGGUGAAGACGUGGACCAGGUUCAUGCCCGUGUCAACGGAUUUCUCGAGCUCUUCGUUCCCGAGGUCGAAAGACGAUUCUCUGACAAACACAAGUGCAUUUUGUUGUUUUCCCAUGCAGCCACGAUCAUUGCACUAUGUAGGGGUCUCCUAGCCCAACCCGACAUGCCACUCAGGGUAGGCUGUUGUUCCAUCUCCGUGUUUACUCGGAAACCAGGUGCAGUCGGUAUCGUGGGUGCCUGGGAACCUGAAUUGCUGGCAAAUGGAGACCACUUGAAGGAUGGGGCCUCGCGAGACUGGGGCUUUGAAGAUAUUCACACCUCCAACAGAAAGGUAAUCAACCAUGUCGGCAUUCCUGGUACAGAGCAUCUGGCGGACGACACGUGUGGACCACAAAUACAACGUAGUUCCCUUUGAACUAUACCCCACCCAUGACAGAGGAACUAGAUUUCUAUCGACUCAACAGCUACUAUACCUACUCGUUGGAACAGGGUUUAAAGAUGCGAGUCUGUUUCUAGAUGUGCAGUCUAUUACAAGAAGAAUCCG